AAACAUACUAACUGGCUACAGGGGUCAGCUUACGCGGGACACUGCUGAGGCCAUUUGCCUGUGUGCAGUGCUUUCUUUUUUUCCCUUCCCUUCAAUGGCGUGUAGAGAAAGCAGGGGGGGUGAAAUUGUAGCACAUUUAGGACUUCUUGUGUUUCUAAUGUCACUAUGCAACUGUGCAACACUGACGAGGCUUAAGGCAUUAGAUGAAUCUAGAGGAACCUCAGUGCACACCAAAAAGCAACCUGAAAGAAGUCAUCUGCUUCAUGGAAGACUCUUAAUUGGACAAAACUCCCUGAAAGACUCAAAACUCAAUGGAACCGACUCCACAGAGGCGGUGCUGGAUGAAGCGGACUACCAAGCCGACAUGGGCUGGCAGACCAGACAACUAAUGGAAAAUAGUGACUGGCAAAAAAUGGCAAUGGAAAACCUGCUAAAAAUGGAGUCAAAGGUUGAGUGCACGCAAGAUUCUAUGAAGCUUCUUGUUCACGAUGCUGCCUCUACCCCUGCAUCUCUCAUCCUUGUGGACCGGGGUCACUUGUCUCCUCUGUCUCUGACAAAGUUGCCCUCAAGCUGUGGUUACACCAUUAGGUCAACUCAGAAAGAUCUGGUCUUGGUAGCACCCUAUGAUGGCUGCUUUGUCAUUAUUCAGGAGAACUACUAUGUGCUCCCGUUGCUCUGGUGGGGCCUGCCUGUCAGAAUGUCAUGUCCUUUAAUGGGACAUGUGUCACAAAACCCUCCAAUGGUCACUUGUCAUGCUGAGGGCAUGGUUGUGAAAACGGAGUGGGUCACAUCUGCUUCAAAAAUCAAAGUAAAUGUAAAUGGAAACUGGGAGUCCCUAUUGACAGCUGCACAACGCUGUGUAUUUGGUAUAGUUGAACAUCCAGAAGGUGUUGUUAUCUCUGUGCGCUAUGCACCUUGCCUGGCAAAGAAGGAUGGAAUGCACUCCCUUGAGUUGGCUGGAGAUAUAGAAACCAAGGUUUCAUGUCCAUCAUUGUUGGCAACUCAACUCAAAGGGACAGAGAGCCAAGGAAGAGGUUCUGUGCAGGAAAGUGAAAUGCCAGGCAAAUGGGUGUAUCCAUUUUCCACAUCGUAUCCAUCUUUAACACUUCCUCCUGCUCAAGUAGCAUCUCAAAUUCCUAGUUUUUCUCAAAACCAGAAGAUCCCAAGCAAACCAAAUCAGGGUUCAAAUCUGGGGCAGCUUCCGUACACUCAUUUUCCAGGUUUUCCUUAUGCUUACCUUCAAAAGCCAGACCUCACUACUACUAAACGGCCACAGACCACUAAACCUUCAAAAUUCAAAGUUACUAAAUCUGCAGAUCAUUUUUACCCUCAGACAUUGUAUCCCCACUCGCCUUUUCCUGCAAUGCCACGAAUGAUGCAACCUGUGACCAAAUCACCACAUAUUCACCAGAAACCGCCUGCCAGCAACCUUCAGAUUCCAGAACAGAUAUUUCCUUCAACUUAUAUAGAAGCUUUAUCCCUGCUCUCAAAUUCUUAUCCACUGUAUCUCCAAAGAUUACUUGACAAACCUGGGCCAUCAUAUCCUACGAUGUCUGAGAAGGGUCAAGGUGAACACAUGCCCUUCCAUUUAUUUUGCUCUCAACAGAUGGCGGCUGCAAAACCAUCUGUACUUUCUCAGCUAGUAUGGCCUGAAAUGUUUAAAAGUGAAGUGCACCAGCUAUUUCAGCUUGUGUGCAUCCAGAUGGAGGCAGCCUUAAAACCUCCAGAUGUUUCAAAGCCACCAUACUCUGACACUGUGAAGGGCCAGGUAUAUAAGCCAUUCAACCUCUUAUGUGCCUUGCAGAGGUCCCAGCUGCAACAUUCAAAAACACCUCAAGGUCAAGUGUAUUACUCAUUUUACUUGUUCUGCCACCAGCAGAAACGAGCCUCAAAGCCUGCUGAUGUUACACAAGAAACCCCCAAAGGCAAUCUAUACCAGGCUUUGUACCCCUUCUAUUUUCAGGCAUCUCAAAGACACUCUGGAGUUGAUGAGCCCUCUCAGCCUGUGAAUCCUCAAGCCCAAAUAUACCCACAGGAAACUCAGAAACCUGCUGUAACUGAGAAACCACAAUCGAUGACUCAUGAAGCCCAUGUAUACUCACCAUACUUUCCCUUCUAUUCCUACCCAAAACCAACCCAGAAGCCUGCAACCCGGCCACCACAAUCAGCAACUCCUCAAACUCCAGUAUACACACCAUACUUUCCUUUCUAUCCCCACCCAAAGCCAACCCAGAAACCAGCAACUCGACAGUCACAAAUGGCAACUCCCCAAGCACAAGUACACCCACGGUUUUUUCCCUACUUUGACCAACCAGUGCCACUUCAGAAACCUGCUGUAACUCAACCACCACAAUCUGUAACUUCUCAACCCCGAGCAUAUCCAUCGCCAUUCCCCUUCUAUUCCCAACCAAAACCAACCCAGAAACCUGCAACUAAGCCACCACAAUUGGCAACUCCUCAAGCUCAAAUAUACCCGCCGUUAUUUCAGUACUUUGAUCAACCAUACCCACCUCAAAAACCUGCUGUGACUCUGCCGCCACAACCAGCGACACCCAAAGCCAGAGUAUACCCACCAUUUUUCUACUUCUAUACCCAUCCACAGGUGGCUCAGAAACCUGCUGUUACUCAAGCCCCACAGCCUUCACCAUCUCAGAACAAAGUUUAUGAGCAGUUCCCCGACAUCUACCCCAAACCAGAGCCACCUUCAGUGCCCGCUACAGUUUCUCAACCCCAACAGCUACAACCUCCUUGGGGCCAGGUAACGCAGCCAUUCUACUCUUAUCACCCAUGUACCCUUACACAAUCAAAGCCAACUUCAAGAUCUACAGCUGAAGAUCAUAAGGACCAAGAACAACAAAAACAAAGGUGCUUUUAUUCUCAGCUGUUGCCUGAGAAUCAGCUGGCAAACAUUCCAACUAACACUGCACAGGGAUAUGGACCCUGUCAGCAGUCUAAACCACCAGCUGUGGAAAUGAGUGAAAGAGCUUCCCUGGCCAACCAUUUCCAUUAUUCACAACCUCCUGUUGCAAACCCUCUUCAGGGCCAGUUUAUAAACCCCUUCAACAUGUUUUAUUACUCACUGCAACCUCAUGCUAUGCAGCAGUCUGAUGUGCAACAGUUUGCUGUUUUGUCAAGUGAGCAAAAAAUGGAAUCUCCCCCAUCAAAACAAGGUAACCCUGUUUACUGUCCUCAAUAUUGUCCUUCUGUAUUAUCCAGUUGCUGUCUACAAAUAGCUUUGCAUCAGCAUUUUUACAUUUCUAUCCCAGGUGACGGUAAAGCUGAACCUCAGUUGAAUACAAGUUUCUUGCCAAUGUCUCAUCCUAUCUUUAGCCAAGGCUUGGAAACGACUGAAAUUCCACAGAAACCUUCCGCACCAGUUCUGCAAGCUGGAAGAGCUUCAGCACAAAUUUCUCCUAGGGCACCUCAAACUUAUGAUGCAUAUGAAUACUUUCUCCAACCACCAGAUGGCAUUGUUGCACUACCCAGGAGUAGUCUUGCCAUGAUUGCAAAUGAAGAGCCAGUUUCUUAUUUUGGAACUGAAUUUCCAAAUCCCAUGUGGUCACAUGGAGCACAAGACAUGGUACUACCACACUUGGAACAAGGGAAAUCUGAGUCUCCCAAUGACCCGUCUCAACUGUGGAUGCCUGACGGUGAACAGGUGAAGCCAGUUGUGCAAUAUGAACCUUUUAACAUCCAAUUUCCUGAACAAACUAUCCAUUCUAGGCCAAAUUUUAUGCCUCAUCUUGGCCAACAUGGUCUACAUGUAGGAGAGUUACAAAAUAAACCUACUGCUGAGCAGCGGUCAUUGCACAAAUCUGAAUAUAAAAGUUCAACACAUCGCAACUUUAAACGUGCAAUUGACAGGUUUUUCUCUCCUUACUAUAUGCCUGGAGAUUCUCCUGUGUCAAAUAGCUCUGUGGGCCUUAAUGGUACUCAAGAACAACCAUCUGAGACGGGGUCAAAUAAUUCCACCAAAGAACACAAAGCUCAAAAUUUAUAUUCAGAACCACGAAGUUAUGUCCUACUGCAGCAUGGCCCACCAGGAAAGGAGCCCAACCGUUUUGGAGAGUUGAGUUAUGGCACAAACUCAAAAGCCCUAAAACUAAGACCAAAUUCUCAUCUGCAAACUUUAGAGUCUUUGCAGAAAAAAAGACAAGAAUUAAAGAGGCUGGGGAAAAGACUACCUAGUCAUUCACUUGGUAGCAACUAUUUGCAGAGGUAUGGUGACUCAUCAGGUUUGUUUAUCUCGUCUGACCCUAGUACAGUAAAUUUGCACCAUGAACGAUCUUUCAGUGCUGACAAAUUAAAGCCUGAAGUUCUGAAAUCAUUUGAUGACCUCUGGAAGUCCCGAACACCUUCAGAUGUCAGAAAAUUGUUUCUAGCCAAUGUUCCAGAAAAGACAGAAGUGAAGAGUGCUGGACCAGCUAGCCACAGAAAUGGACAAACGUCUUCAGAUGGACAAAAGAAAUUUAAAUAAGAAAUGAGUUUUCUUUAAUAAAAGACGAAAAAACUACACAUGUUUUUUUGUUUUUAAUAUUUGUAUUGGGAAAAAUUGUCAAACUACACAGCUCAUGUGGGAUCUGACAUUUAGGGUUUGGUAAAUAUUCUAAACUGGCAUUGUGUUAAAUUGAAGACCAAGAGGGUAUUGCUGGUUUUAAUUUUUGUUCAAAGACUAUACAAAUUCUGAACGUUUAUUCUCAUUUAAACAUUCAAAUUCAGUCUCUUGGCCUUCAAAUAAUGGCAUUUAGCUAGAAUAUUCACAUUUUUAAAGUUGCAAUUAGGCAAGGGUAUAUAAGGGUAGAAUGAAGACAACUGUUUCAAAACUUGUGCUUAGGAGACUGACCUUUUAAACUAUAGCUGAAUUACAUGCCUCCCCACAUUCACUCCUCUUCCAGCUAUUGGAAAUACUCCUGGGUACAAAGUUGUCCUGUUUGCACGAGUCAACAUGAUUGACAAAUAGGACUGUGCACUUUGUCAAUAAUGUGAAGUGUCCUCAUUGACCCAUAAGGUAAUAUUUUCUUUGCCAGCAACAUUAGGUACCCAACUUAAUUUUCAAAAAAGCACAGUGAAGAGUUAAAAACAAGGACUGAUCUUUAUUAAACACUUGCAUGCAAAUCUAAUUUCUAGUAAUCUUGUUUCUUUUCCAAAUGCUCACAUGACCAGUUUCAAACUCUAUUCUGAACCUAAGAGUAUUACAACACACUUGCAGCAGUUCCUCUAGUACCAGUGUUGUUAAAGCAACUAUAGAGUCUUUAGGAGCUUAAGACAUUUAGAAGAAUCUGAUCCUUCCUGGGCACACUUUCACUGGAGCAACAGGAGCU